AUGUAUGGAAGUAGUAUUGAUGAUUUCAUUUAUAAUAUUAAAUUAAAAACUAAAAAAAAAAGGGUAUUCAAAUCAAUUAUUUCUUUAUCAAAUAAAUCAUUAAAUGUCAUAUCAAAAUCAUUAGUUUCAAAUGAUUCUAAUUUAAAUUCAAUUAAUUUCUCAUGUAAUUCAGUUUCUAAUUUAACUUCAACAACUUUCUUUACAAGACCAAACUUUGUAAACUAUUAA